AUGUCGAUGGACAUCGACUCCUCUGUCCCACUGCCCGCACAUCGCCCUACCACUGCCGCUACUGUUCUCUGUUACCAGUGCGGCGCUCCCAUCGAUGGCACACAACCCGGCGGAGCGUUAUGCUCGGACUGCUUGAAGCUCACCGUCGACAUCACAUCCAACAUCGAACGAGAUGGCGUAUUACACAUGUGCAGAGACUGCGAUAGAUGGCACUCGCCGCCCAGCUCGUGGGUUGUCGCACCACCCGAAUCAAGAGAACUGCUUGCGCUAUGUCUACGAAAACUUAGAGGACUUCACAAGACCCGAAUAAUCGACGCAUCUUUCAUCUGGACCGAGCCACAUUCGAGACGAGUGAAGCUGAAGAUUACAGUGCAACAAGAGGCAGAGCAGGGGACAAUAUUACAGCAGACAUUCGAAGUCGAGUUCGUGCAACAGUACAAGCAGUGUCCCGACUGCCAGAAAUCAUACACCCACAACGUAUGGCGAGCAGUAGUGCAAGUACGGCAGAAGGUGCCCCACAAGCGCACAUUCUUGUAUCUGGAGCAGCUCAUCCUCAAGCAAGGUGUGCACAAGGAUGCGAUCAACAUCAAAGAGGUGCAAAAUGGUAUAGAUUUCUUCUUCGCGCAGAGAAAUUCCGCCGAGAAGUUCGUGGACUUUCUGCAUUCAGCCACACCGGCCAAGACGAAGAAGAGUCAGGAGCUCAUUUCCAUGGACGUCCACACCUCAGACAAGAGCUACAAGUUCACAUUCUCUUGCGAGCUGGUGCCAAUCUGCAAAGAUGACCUUGUCGCACUACCUAUCAAAUUGGCCAAGCAGAUCGGCAAUAUCUCACCUCUAGUCCUGUGCUAUCGAGUAGGCACUGCGAUCAAUCUUCUGGAUCCAAAUACCCUCCAAGUCGCCGAUCUCAACACACCGAUUUACUGGCGGACGCCGUUCACACCGCUAGCAGACAUCCGGGAAUUGGUCGAAUUCGUCGUGAUGGACAUCGAACCCAUAGGACCCGAACGAGGCCGUUUCCUUCUAGCUGAUGCUACCGUUGCUCGUGCUUCUGAUCUGGGCGUCAACGAUACGACCUAUCUUGUACGAACACAUCUCGGCAACAUCCUCAACCCCGGUGACAGCGCCAUGGGUUACCACUUGACCGGCACACAAUUCAACAACCCCAACUUCGAAGCUAUUGAGGAGUCGAAACAGUACUCUGGUCAGAUACCAGACGUAAUACUGGUCAAGAAGCAUUACGAACGCCGCAAGAAGAGGAGCGGCAACAACCGCAACUGGAAACUCAAGCGCAUGGCGCGGGAGGAGAGCGACAUGAAGCCGUUGAAGAAGGAUCAGGAUCGUGACGAGAUUGACUACGAGCAGUUCUUGCAGGAUCUUGAAGCGGAUCCUGAGCUCAGAUCAAACCUCAACAUGUACCGAAAUCAUGAGGCACAGAAGAAAGCGGAGACGGAGAUGGAGACGGAUGGAGAGGAUGAAGAUGAUGGUUUGGAGAUUCCGAUGGAUCAGCUCAUUGACGAGAUGGAGGAUAUGGGCAUGGAUGACAUGGACGAAGACGAGGAGGAGGAUGAAGAGUGA